AUGUACCUAAACUACAUUAAGGUUAAUGGAAAGACCCUUGGGGUUGCAGAUUCUGACAACACCUUUGGAUGGGAUAACAAGCAUGUUGGAGCAAGGAUACUGCUCUCUAAGGAAUUUCUUGUUCGGAAGGUGCAAACCCUGCAUGACUACAAGGGUCACGCGGACAAUUUUAUCUGUUCUGUUAUCCCUGGCUCCUCUUCUUCCCAAUUCAGCCCAGGUGGUCUUCUAUUCAAGAUGGGUGAUAGCAACAUGCAAUACGUCACUUCCACCUCCUUCAUACUCUUAGCUUAUGCUAAAUACCUGACGAAAGCCCAUGUGGUUGUGAACUGUGGUGGAUCAAUAGUAACUCCAAAGAGACUUCGAGCUAUAGCCAAAAAACAGGUGGAUUACUUGCUAGGAGACAACCCUUUGAAGAUGUCUUAUAUGAUCCAAUGCUCAGCAGGAUUCAGUGUGAUGAAGUCGCAAUCACCCAACCCCAACAUUCUAGUGGGUGCCGUUGUUGGAGGGCCGGAUCUGCAUGAUGGGUUCCCAGAUGAACGGUCAGAUUAUGAGCAAUCAGAACCGGCUACUUAUAUUAACGCACCUCUUGUAGGAGCACUUGCUUAUCUGGCACACUCCUUUGCCCAACUCUAG